CAAUCGGCGAGGGAGGCUGGGCCGAGGUCGGCUUGUGAUUGGCUGACGCUGUGAAGCUAUGCUCGCUGACUGAAGGUGACUCGGGUAGACGUCGUGCGCGGGCUGAGCUGAGACGUGGAAGAUGGCGUUCUGUGCCCCCCAUACUGCUGCCAGGCUUGCCCACUCCGCCAGGGUGAGUGACCCACAGCCAUAUACCGCUCGUUAUACUGAGGGGGGCCAGCCUUUACCCAUAAUGCCUCAGUAAUACAUUGAGUGAGCCAGUGUGCCAGGAUAGGAAGCCACUAGCCACCUUGCAAAUCCACUAGCCCUCUAGAAGACCCCCCCAAUAAUUAUUUUAUACAAAUUUUCUUGGCUCUCCACCAUUUUGUCAAUGCAGAAUAAUGUAGUAAUGUUCUGGCAAGGGUUUCUUGGCAGUCCCUUAAAGGUCAUUUUAGAAAAAUAAAGUGAAUCUCACGGGAUUUAAAUCCCAAUAAAUUCAACAAUUAUUUUAUUGUCACCGCUGAUGGGGGAAUAAACCCCAUUGGUGCUUGCGGAUUGAACUCCGAAUUGCCUGACAUGCUUCGCACCGUUACAUGAAUAGGGACUCCUUUGAAUAAUAUUAUUAGCUGGGUGCCUGACAAAUACAUUCUGCACAUUCCCUUUAACAGAUAUACGGUCAAUAAAAAAAAAAAUAAUUGCUAUUUUAUUACGUGUUAACCUCAAUUUUAUAACUACAACGAAUUUUAUUUUAAAAUAUACUAAACAAAUGCUUGUCGUUUCCCCCAACUCCUUUUGCUAAGCAAAGAAGCAGUUCUCUACAAUAAGAGCGAGAGAAACAUUGAACCAGCUUUGAUACUCCUGUGUAAAGAGAUCCUUUAAUCCCACUGUACAGAGCUAUGGAAUUUGUUGGCGCUGUAUAAAUAAUAAUAAUAAUAGCUCUUUUAAAAAUAUUACUUUUCCUUCCCCCCCCAAUAAAAGACCCUACACAUAUUUUCAGGCAUAGGCGACUUUUAGUCCUGUAGCUGAUGUGGAGUAACCAGCGUCUUAUAAAGAUAAACCAUACGUUUUCACAUAUUGUAGAAACAUCUGAAAGUCAUACGGUUACAUUGUUUUAUAUUAAAAGAGUAAAAGUGGAACGUUUGCUUAAUGCCCACGAAACAUUUUGUCUUCCCUAGCUAAGUGCAAGGAAACUGAACUGCCUGAAGACACUAAUACUUACUCCUUGCAUUUUUUCCCAUUGUCCUAUCAAACCACUUUUUAGUUAAUUUGCAUGUGACUAGGGUCUCUCUGACCCAUAAGGGUAAUCCAGAUGUUUACCCCCAGCUAUAUCUCACUGACGAUGUACAGAGGACCAGUUGAAUUUCUGUAUCCCAUGUCCAAAGGUGAUUGCCGUUGUAGGUGGAAUCCAGAGUAGGGACUACCUGAAGGGCAAUCAGGCCCAGUUUUCAUCUGUUUUCUCUUACGGACAGUUUUAGUUUAUUUGUAAUACCGGUAAUUACUCCUCUUCGUAUAUUGCUGACAAGAUAAAACUUCUAAUAGCAGUAUGUAUAAAAUACCACUGUGUUUAUACAAUACUCUGUAGGCAUCGCAAUCCGUAAUCUAAAUCCUUGUGUUGCCAAACAAAUGGUUACAACAUUCUGUUACAAGCAGUCAUUGAGGAAAAUAUUUUAGUACAGUUUACAUUAUCCAUUUUCAUAACUGUCUGUGAGCAUGUGUAAUAAAAUCGGUUUUCUGGCAGCUUCUGUAGUGGAAGAGGCCAGAAAGUGAAUUUUAUUACAUAUGUUCCCAGACCGUUUGGUCAAGUUGCCCUUUGUCCUCGUCUUUUGGUUGGCACUGCUUACUGGCAUGUUCCAGUGACCUUGGCACAUUUUUACAUUAUUGAAUAAUUGCUGGAGGAACAGACCUGAAGUGUAAUGAAAGGUUAACAGUUUCAAUGCUUUGUUAAGGCAGAAAUAAACGGGAUUGUCCUUGUGAGGACCCUGGUCAGGCAAAUGUUACCAUGAUGCCCUCAUGUGCCCUUUGUCUCAAUAGGAUUACAUUUACCAUGUAUUAGAACUUUGUAAGUUAUUUUUUUAAGAUUUUUGUUUUGUUUGUUUUUGUGUUUGCCACAUUUAUUCUGCAGGAUUAAUAGUUAUUUAGUAACUAAAAAAAAUAAAAAAUAAUAAUUGUGUAUUGGUCUACUGAUCCUGCUUUUUUCAAUGAGCAUUUAGUUCUCAAACGAAAGAUCUUUUAUUUAUUUUUUUAUCUUGUAAUUAUUUUCUCAUUUAUCUCCUGUUUUUAUAUUAGAGACACCUUGCCUCUCUGCAUUUUAAUGAGGAUUGUCCAAAAUAAGAAGCCUUUGCACCUAAGAACAUGUUUGUGUAAAGUAAAGAGAUCCGUUUGGGUAGACUCUUUGUUCAAACUUCUCGAACAUGUCACAGUGUCUUUAAUUAUCUUUUUUUUUUUUUUUUAAAUGACACAACUGCAGUUUUAAAAUGUAAUUAUACAGUCUACGAAUUAUAGCCAUUUCAUUGUUUGCUCUCAAUAUAGAUGCUAUUCUGCAGAUUUCUCGUUGUUUACAAUGCAAGACAUAGGAUAAGUAAUCUGAAUCUGUUCUAUGUGAAAUUACUGUUUGAUUGUACUAGACUGGAGCAUAGGUCGCCAGUAACCGAAUAUCCAGAUGUUGAACUCUAACUCUUCUAAUCUUGGGCCAGUACUUUGAAGGACAGACGAUUAGUGACAAUCUUGUUAUUGUGUUUUUGGUUUUUAUGUUUUGUUUCCCCCUCAAUUGCAUAGCUUUGCAUUUUAUGUGUCCAGAUGUAAUAGAAAAACUGACUUUAUUAUAUAUAUUACAUGUUACAGCCAUCAUCCGUAUGCAAUGCUAAUCUUUUGGCAAGCAUUUUUUACUUGAUAUUGACACUCUCUGUGUCAGAAUUAGAUUGUGAUCAGAUCCUUGGUAUAUCUGUAGCUAGAAGCUUGAAAGCAGUUAGUAUUAUCCAUAGGCCUUAUUUACAGGGACAGAUGAGUAGAAAAGGUUAGUAUUUGCUUUACAUUUUAUGAAAAGGGUUAAACCGAUCUUCAUAUUAACGUAUUUAUGAGCAGAGAUCUGGACAUCACUCUACACGCAGAGUGACCUACUACCGGUGAGUGAGUGCUAACUACAACAACCUAUCCUGGCUUCUUUUUCAGUAAUGGAGCAGACCGUUUAGCAAAGGUUUGUAAUCUUUCCAAAGUUCUGUUUUAGAACACUGCAUUGGAAAAAUUCCAGUAGUUCCUUGGCUCUCGGCUAGCUGAGUCUGUCUGUGACUUGUGAUAAAAUUGAACACAUGUGCGGAUGUUUCUGCUCUGCUCUCUAUUUUGUGCGUUCCGUGCUUUAUGCAAUCUGUGUGUGCCAGUGUUUACUGGCAUCUGCUCUGCGUAGUUUGCCUUGCAGUUCUCCUAUCGAUCUGUGUAGUACCUGUAAUACAGCCAAGAUAACGAAAUUCUAUUGCUGUCAAAGACCUUUUUUAGGAAGCAGCCAGUAGUCUGAGUAAAUACACCUAUUUACUUUUUUUUUUUUUUUUUUUUUUACAGAACUUGAGCCCCGAGGUUAACAGCCUGUUGUACGAGGAUUCAGUGUUAAACAAAACUAUCAUGAGUUAGAUCUUUUUUUAAUUGGAGAAGGGAAUUUUAUUGACAUUACAUUUAUUUCUACACAAUAUUCACCAAACAAAAAUUGUGGAGUGUACACAGGAGUACCGACAAUAAUGCAAGAACUGUACUAAAAUGUUAAAAUCCUUUAUUCCAUGUACAAUGCAGAAAGUUACAGGUGUUGUGGCCGUGAGACAAGUCCUACACUUCAAGUUUUGCUAAUAUUGUUGUAAAUUUAGGUUUUAUUGACAUAAAGAACACCAUAAGAGAAACUAAAUCAAUUUUGUAUGCAAUAAUUUAAAUCUUUUCUAAUCCGCCACAGCGAUAGAGGAAUUAAUGCAACAAAAUGAAUAAUUACAAUAAUUCUGAAUUGUGUGGAUUUUUAUUUUUAAAUGUAAAUUAAUUAUUUUAUUUCUUAUUUAUAUUUUUAAUGCAUGUACAAUGAUAGGUUAUCAAUUUUUUUUUAUUAAGACUUUAGAUUUGUUUGGAACAGAAAAAAGAGAAGGAGUUAGGGAAUAUUACAUUACAUAUGUGUAUCACAGCUUAAGACCAUAAACUCCUAGUAAUAACUGCCUCAUUUUUAGUUAAGUAACACAAAAGUAUAAACAUGGUAUGUAGUUGUCAAGCCCAGUAACAAAAGUAUACUAGUAAACAUAACUAGAUAAAGCUGGCUUAACCACAUGGAUUUUUAGGUAUAACAUAUUCUGACACAAGGAGGAACUGUCUAGAUAAAGGCAAUUUAAAUCAAUAAGAUUUAAGCAUACAGUCAUCUAGAGUGUGUAUAAAUACAAAAAGAGAAGUCCUGCGCUCACUCCCAUCACUACUGGACCGACAGCAAUGACUACAGUACACAUCAGCCCCAAUAUAUAGUAAAAACCAAAGAAAAAAAAAAGGUUACCUGCGCUCUCUCCUUAAUCCCUAUGUAUAUUUAGACAGAUGAAGGUUAUUUAGUUGCUCCAAUGGCUAUUGGAGGGAAUGCCCGCCUGCCACCAUCAUGGCAACUACAUUACAAUAUUUUCAGAAAAGGGCAGUAAGGAAAUUCACACAAAAGUUAUAGUAUAUUUAUAAAAAAAAACACACAAUCACAGAUUAGGUAUCUAUCCAUAGAGAUCAUAAAGAAUGUCUGAUCCAAAUUGUUUCUAUAGAAGUUCCCUUGUACAGACUAGUAAUUCAUAAAUGCUGAUACAUUUCUAAAGUAACAUUUAAAGUUAACCUUCCUAUGUACGUAUGAGUUUAAAAUCCUAACCUGAUAAAAAAAACAAAAAAAAAAAAACACACAUUUUUACUUUUUCCAAGGUAAUUCUGAUUCUCGGACACCUAGAGAGGAUUCUCAGAGCUGACUGACCUUGCAUUCACUAAACUAACUACAAAUGUCAUCAGUACAAGUAUGGAAAAGUGUUCAGCUUGCAUGGAAAGGGAAAUGACAGAAAACGAAUACAAUUCUAGCUCAAACUGGUUUACAUGCAAAUUGCCCAUACCACUGACACCCCCAUAGAAAGGAGUAAAACCAUUUUGACAUCUUACUCAGUCUGCUGGGCACUGCUCCCUGUCUCCACUACAGCUCAGUGAGAGCCGGAAGCUCUAUUCAUUGCGCUAAGCCCGGUGUGCAACCACAUUAUAUUCUUAACUGGCUUGGUUACAGAGCAUCAGCAUCUAUUUAACAUGUAUCUCUGAAAUCUGAUAAAACACAUUCUAGGCUGACAAUUCUGCCUCUUUAUUAUUCAUUCUACUUCUGCAGGUUUAUAUAGAUGACUUUUGUCCUUUUUGUACAGUUUGGUCAAUGAGCAAGUCAGCAGAAAGUAUUUAGAAUUAAAAGCUUCCAUUAUCACUAUCGCAUAUUUUGGGGGGUGAGGGGGGAGUCAACUAUUUCGAGAGUGACAUCUUUGUUACUUGUGUUUUUCUACCUAGGCAUUAAAAUAUGCACACAGAGGCUACGCAUCCCAACGCACUAUUAAUGUAAGUAUAUAGCAUGAGAGAGUUCCUACCAUUCAACUAUGUCAUUUUAAAUCUAUAUAUUCAUAAAAAUCUUGGCCUACACAAUGUGUAGGGGAGGAGGGAGGGUAGAUGAAUAUGUUGGACACCUCUUCCCUGGUGAUUCUCAAGUGUAUGUAUGUAACAUGAGUUUUAAACCCAAUGGCAUUGUUUAAUUCUGUGCCAAGGUUAGUUACCAUUCCUUUGGGACAAGGUCAUAGUUGGAACAUUAUGUCUGUAACUCUUUUUGGAUGAGCCAUUUUUGUUUAUGUUAAUAAUCUUCUAAUAUUUUUUAUUUUUCUUUGUCAUUUGCCGGACUAGGAAGUGGUAAUAGCAAGCGCAGUAAGGACCCCGAUUGGGUCAUUUCAAGGGUCCUUGUCAUCAUUACCUGGAACCAAACUUGGCUCUAUAGCCAUCAAAGCUGCAGUUGAGAGAGCAGGUAUGUUCGCGUUUACAAUACACUUGGCAAGAUCAUUCACUAUGUAUGAAGUCUUGUUCUGACCUUUCUGGAAGUAUGACUGCUGUACUCUUAAACCUGGAGGUAAUAUUGCUGCAAGGACUAUUAAUUUAACUCUUCGUUUUUAAGGUAUUCCCGCAGAUGAAGUGAAAGAAGUAUAUAUGGGCAACGUGAUCCAAGCAGGACAAGGACAAGCACCCACACGCCAAGCAACACUCGGAGCAGGUGCUUUAUGCAAAUACCUUGUGAAUUGAUAAUUAAACAGAAUCAAACUUUAAUAUGUUGUUUUGGAGUGGCUCUGCAAAUAGAAAAAAAUGAAAAGUCAAAGAACAAAAUAGAACCGCAUUUCUUCCUUCUUUUAGAGGUCACAAUCCAGGGAGAAAUAAAACCUUUCUAAAUGUCCUCGGCUAGCUGUUUAUUUUACUGGAAAUACAGGAUUAAAGUGGAGUUUUGCACAGUUAUUUUAUGUAUUUGUUUUUGAGAAACAAAGCAUGGCUUUUUAUGCACUAGGAAUGUAACAAACAUCAGGGUACUACUUAGGGAUACAAUUACCGGCUGUCAAAGUAGUAUUUCAUUUUUUGUUUGUGCCCAGAGCUUUCUGUACAGAGUUCAAGCACAAUGUAAAAAAGAACAUUGAACAGUGAAUUGCAUAAUUAUUCCUCCACAAUCAUUUAUUCCAGUGCUAUAAUAGCUCAUGACUAAUUACCUUACUAUAACACUGAUAAAUAAAAACAGAUUUUAUAACCAGAUUGUGAACUUGUCACGUGUGUCUCUAAUAGGAACUUCCCAUAUAUAUAUAUAUAUAUAUAUAUAUAUGUGUGUGUGUGUGUAUGUAUAUAUAUAUAUAUAGUGUGUGUGUGUGUGUGUAUGUAUGUAAAAAAAAAUGUAAUUUUUUUUUGACAUGUCUACUGGAAACCUCUCAUGCUUGCGUGUCAAUAUUUCCCAGCUCCGAACACUAGGCUUUAAGCAUGUACGUAUAUCAGUUUUGCGCCUUGCACUGUACUCACUGUACCCGUCCUUUAUUGUAGGCCUGCCAAUUUCAACACCUACUACCACCAUCAACAAAGUAUGUGCUUCAGGAAUGAAAUCCAUUAUGUUGGCAGCACAGAACCUCAUGUGUGGAAAUCAGGUUAUUUUUUUUUUUUUAUUUUUUUUUUUAUAUAGCGCCAUCAGAUUCCGUAGCACUGUACAGUGGGAUCAAUAUGUACUUUACUACUUUUCCUGGCAAUUUAGAAUAAAACAUUCUAAUAGACACAGAUUUUAGGAAACAGUGCGUCAGAAAGUUAGAGAAACCAGUUGGCUAUAAGUUUUUGUUAUUUGGAAUACUACUUAAAUCUCUCCAUAACGUUGGCAUUUAUCCCAUGGUGCUACCUCUAAGUGCCUGUAAAGUCUAGUUAAUUCUUCACCAUCUAUUUAAAAUUGUAUAAAUAAUUAAAUGGAAUGCCACGUAUUCUUAAAGUUCACUUCAACUACACCUGCACUCUAUUUUUGUAAUUUUCUUGAAAAAUAGUUUAUGGGGUCAGAUACGAACAUUAAUGCAUUUAUUAUAAGAUCAUUUUAAUAUAUACUGGAUAUUACCAAAAGCCACAAUGGAAUAACUGUUUGAGUACUGAUACUUUUGGGUAUUUUGUUGGGACAGGACGUGAUGGUUGCUGGAGGAAUGGAGAGCAUGUCCAACGUGCCUUACUGCAUGAGCAGAGGAGCAACACCCUACGGAGGAGUGAAGCUGGAAGACCUUAUUGUGAAAGAUGGCCUGACUGAUGUGUACAACAAAUUCCAUAUGGUAUGUUUUAACCAUAGUGCGUGUGAGAUACAAAGGUUCAUUCACUGGAAAACAAAUGGGUGAAAAUUGAGAAACACAUUUGAAAGUUUAAGCAAAAAUAGCUGAUUUGGAAAAUUGUGCUAAUAAUCUUUAGUCAUAGUUUGCCUAUUUUAAUUUCAAUUUAGUAAUUCUGUUUUUUGUGUCACCGCCAUUUGUUGUUUAGUGUAUAAACUCCCAAAGUUAUUGUAAAUAUUGUUAGCGGUUGAUCUUAUUUUUAACUGUAAGAAAGUAGCUGCCAAACUGGUGCUAUUUAGGACAUUGUUGUCCCCAUAUACACAAUAUUAAGUAUUUUAAGAAAGGCAUGCAUGACUUAAUAUAUCACUUGUUUACAAAGCUUACAUUCUAAAUAGGUCUAUUAAAUACCUGUAAAGUGUUGAUUACUCCAACAUAGCAAAAGGAAAACGACUUCCAAGAAUAAUAGAAGCAUAAAGGCACACUCAAAGCCGGAGUUGACCAUAUAUUUUUCUAUGCUUUAUGUAGAUAAAAUUUGCAUGCAAAAACCGUAAGAUACAAUUAAUAAAGCAGUUUCUGCAUUUGCUGGAAGUUUUGUAUCUUCUGCGGUGAGCUCUUCUGCAACGAGGAAGCAAACAAGUGACUAAAGCUAUAGGAUAUAAAUUUAGAGCAGUUUACUUAAAGAAAACUGUCUCAAUAUUAUCUGUACAGGGGAACUGUGCAGAGAACACUGCUAAGAAGCUCAGCAUUCCACGAGAAGAACAAGAUAGUUAUGCCAUUAGCUCUUACACCAGAAGUAAAGCCGCCUGGGAUUCUGGGUUACUUGCAAAUGAAAUCACACCUGUUACCAUUUCACAGAAAGGUACGUAGAGGACAUUGUGUGUUACGUGUUUGUACUCAACCUGCCUCAUUCAUUGUGUAUAUAUUUUAUAUAUAAAGUUGGGUUGUAAGAGCCACUCGGUAUUGCAUACAUCAAAGUUUAAGGGUGAAACUACUGAGGGGCAGUAGAUGGCCACCAGGAAGAUAUGCGCUGCUUCUUUGGGAAAAUACAUUCGGCAUUAAUUUCCCAGUGAGGACUACAGUAAAACAGAAUUCAGACUGUGCCCGAGAAAGGGUCUAAUGGGAGGGCAGCUGCUCAUUCCAUAUAAUGCAAACAUGGGUUUAUCCUGUUGUCAGACGUAACCUCUGCUUUGGGGCCAGCCAUUGUUAUCCCUCCCCAACCAUAAUACCCACAGCAUAAAACUGUACCCUAUAACAUUUUAAGACGUACCCUGUAACAUUUAAAAACUGUACCCUAUAACAUUUUAAGACGUACCCUGUAACAUUUUAAGACAUACCCUGUAACCUUUUAAAACCGUACCCGGUAAAAAAAAUUUCUUCAAGACUAAUAUUCAUGAGUCUAACCCAUGCCAGUGGUCAACAAGGAUGUAACAGAGACACUGGACUGGCAGAAACCAUUAAGCUUUCAUAGAAAUGUAUACAUAAAAAUGCAUAAGUCUAUCCUAGAGAACAUGUGUAUGAUGGGGAUUUGUAAAUCUGUAUUGAAAUGUCUCUUAUAGGGAAACCAGAUAUUAUUGUUCAAGAAGAUGAAGAAUAUAAACGGGUUGACUUCAGUAAAGUUCCAAAACUCAAGACCGUUUUUCAAAAAGACAACGGUAAGCUGUAUUGCCAAAGAUGAAUAUGUUCAAUAUACUUCAUUGCCAACAGCUAAUACAUUGAUUGUUCUAGUUUACGCCCUCUACAUAUUAGUCAACAUAAUUCCAUAUGACUAUCAGACAGUGCCAGGCUGGCAGACCCAGAGGAAAUGGGUAGGGGCUGUGUCCGCUUUUGCCCGUGGAACUGUCUUAUAAACCAGAACCGCACAGCAGAUGACACAUUUAAUUCUUGACUUCUCAACCAGUAAGAGUAUUUAAAAUGUAACAAAAAAUAAAACCUUACUAACAGUCAUACAAAAACAUAUUUGGAUUUACACAUUGUUUAUGGGAUCUCUACUGACUAUAUUUAAACUAUCAAACACAAUUUAGUUUUAAUAAGAAUGUUAGGAGUAUGUCAUCACUAUAAUACCCCUCCCCCCCCCCCCAAACUUCUUACUGAAAUCUGAAUCUGUUCUGUUUUAGAAAAUGUAUUUAUUUUGUAGCAUGCGUACACCUACAGAGCGUGCUGUCUUGUCAUAUUAAUCUGUAAGUUCUAUCCAUUGGUGUCUCUGUUAAACUUGUGAUUUGUAUGUGUGAUUUCAGGGACUGUUACAGCUGCUAACGCCAGCACGUUAAAUGAUGGGGCUGCUGCUUUGGUUCUGAUGACUUCAGAUGCGGCUCAUAAACUGAAUGUUAAGCCACUAGCAAGAAUUGUAGGUUUGUAUUUAAAAUUUAUUUUAUUUAAAAAAUUAUUAUUUUUUUUUUAAUAUGUUUCUUACAUGUUGUGUAACGUUUAGCACUGACACGAGCCACUGUAGCCAUCAAUAAGCUACUAUUUCUUCAGUGCUGAGCUUUCAUACCAACAUGUGCACACUUUCUAUUGAAACACACACAGGAAGGAAAUAUCUGGUGGGUGCGACUCUACGUAUAUAGGAGAGUAACAAGUCAUUCGUUCCCUAUGGCUGAAAUAAUAAUUGGAAACCGCUGCCCACAUGGCCCUUCAGGAGUUUAAUUAAUUUGCACGUGUUCUGGUUGUGCCAGGAGAGGCACACAGUGUAAAAAAUAAACAUGUAUAUUUUUUUUCACACAAAGACCCUUAAUAUAUCAUCCAGCUCUUUACAUGUGAACCCUUUAGUGAAUAAGCUGUGAGUCUGUCACCAGUCAGGUCUUAUUCUAGUUCCCAUGUGGAAUUUGAAUAGAGAAAGCCGUGUGUGGGUUAGAACGCAUAGCCUGACAUGUUAGAGUUCAGUUUAAAAGAACAAAUUUCAGGAGUGCUGGUGGCAACAUUUUUAUGUGAAAUGAGAAAUCUCUAUUUUGCUUUAUUCAUCACUGAUACAACAAAAAGGGUUCACUUUCCCCUUUAGGCUUAGAGCUUCAGUCCCCACUGCUACCUCCAUCCUGGGUUUUAUAACUGAAGCCCUGUGCUAACUACAGCAUCUUGUGAGCAGAUCUGAAGACAAUCUACUUUGACAGAGACCUUUUUUUUUUCCUUACCUACCCUCUAAUUCUGCUGAUGUUACUACCUUGGCUCACUCUGCAGAUUUAAAUGCAGUAGGCACAGACGUUUUGUUUAAUUGCUGUAUACUUUGUUAUUCUAGGGCAGGGAUGGGCAACCUUCGGGCACUCCAGAUGUAUUGGACUACAUCCCCCAUAAUGCUCUUACACCCAUAAUACUGGCAUAGCAUCAUGGAAGGUGCAGUCCAAAACAUCUGGAGUGCCGAAGGUUGCCUGUGCCUGUUCUAGGGUAUUCACUGAGAAUAACCCAAAAUGGAUUAGAAGUGCCCGGCCAAGUUAGUUUAAAUUUAGUUAUCCACGACUUGUUGCAUAACGAGGGCAACCAAGACAAACUGAUUUGACUGUGUAGUCACUAAUGGAAUAGUAGCAAUUAAUAUUAACAGGAUUAUGUACUAAAAUGAGAAGGUUAAAAUAGCUGAAAGGGAAAAAUUCUCUAAGUCUGCUAUGCUAUCAGUUUGACUACUCUGGCCUUAAAUUUGAAGUUUGUUUUGAAUUCUCACAUUAGUAAAUACUGACACUGAGGUAGGGUACAUACUUUAUUUAAAUGUAUAUUUUCUAUUUAACAGCUUUUGCAGACUCUGCUGUAGACCCUAUUGAUUUCCCAAUCGCUCCUGCCUACGCUGUUCCCAAGGUAAUAAGAAGCUCAUUUAAUUUAUUUAUAAAAAAAAAAAAUUGGCUUUGGAAAGUACAUUAAAACUAUUUGUGUCUUCAGACUAAAAUGAACUUACUGCUAUCUGCACCUUGUAUUAAUGUAUUUAACUACAUCGUAAAAUAGGCAUUGAAAGCCAUGUUUCAGUGUUUGCAGAUGACACAAAACGCAGUAAAAUAAUAAAAUGUGAGCAGGAUAUUGCUUUGCUGCAGAGAGAUUUAGAUAGAUUGGGGGACUGGGCACUCAAAUGGCCGAUAUAAUGUAAUGUAGAAAAAUGCAAAGUUAUGCACUUUGGGGUAAAGAAUGCACAAGCAACUUACACCCUAUAUCAAGGGUUCCCAAUUAAUUUUCCCGUGGUAUCAUUUGACAUAAUGCGCUAACAACGUGGAACCCUAAAAAAAUGUUUGGUGCCAUAGCGCAGAUAGUAAACAGAUAGUAGUACUCAGGAGCAGGUGUGUUUUUUGUGUGUACAGUUACAUGGUGUUUGUAUAUAAUGUUAGCGUUAUCAUACAGGGGUGUUUUUGGAUGUUGUGUUGGUGUUUGAUUGCUGGGAUGUAUGCACGUAUGAUUGUCUCUGUAUGUACGUGCAAUACAGACAGCAAACAAAUUAACACACAGAAACACAAAUAAAAACAUUGACACAUACACACACACAUUCAUAUACACAGUGACAUACUUUCUUUUGUUUCUAAGGUUCUGGAUUAUGCAGGUUUGAAGAAAGAAGACAUUGCCAUGUGGGAGAUCAAUGAGGCUUUUAGUGUUGUUGUCCUUGCCAAUAUUAAAAUGCUGGGAAUUGACCCAACUAAAGUCAACAUUAAUGGAGGAGCUGUCUCCCUUGGACAUCCCAUAGGGUAAGUGAAUAAUAUAGAUUUGUAAAGCUAUAGAUUUGGUUCUAAAUUGCACAAGCAAUCAUGCGACUUUGGGAGAACCUCUGCAGAUGGUAUUUGAUUCAAACUGAAAUAAAAUGCAAAGUAAAUCAUAAAAAAAAGGACAAUUAACAAAUAUUUAGCUUUUAGAAUAAGUCAUACACUCUGAGAUUGCUGUAGUGUUUGGGGCAUUGUACAUUGAUAUAGGGCACUUUUCGAAUUAUAUGUUUUUAUUUUCUCCACAUUAAAAUUUCUCAGCACCUUUGAACCCAGCAUAUCCUUUUUUGUGCCUUUUUGCUGGUGUAUAUUCUGAUUGUUUAGUGACCCUGUGAUUUUUAAGCACUCUUCUCUUUUAGUGGUGUUGAGUACCCAAUCCACAUUACAGAAUUUUUUCUCCAUCUUAAUCUACCACAAAGAACUAACAGUCCAGAUGUUCCCAGCAGGCCAUCGUAGAGCAGGUUUGCCUGACCUGUAUGUGGUUAAUAAAUGACACUCUUUCUCCUGUCUGCCUCUCUAGGAUGUCUGGAGCGAGAAUUGUCGGUCACAUGGCCCAUGCGUUGAAGAAAGGGCAGUUUGGACUUGCUUCAAUUUGCAAUGGUGGAGGUGGAGCCUCUGCGAUCCUGAUUGAGAAGCUGUAGAGUUCAUCGCUAAAGACUUUCUGAAAUCUUCUACAAAGGAGUGCGGUCACAACCUCUACGCUUGUCAGUUCAUUACAACUUUUUUUUGAGUGGAUAAAGCUUUAUUUGUUUUCAUAACAUGUCUGCUCUACAAGGGUUUCUCUACACUACGAAAACGUCUGCGCUGCAAAGCCAUCGCUGCUGCAUUGCAUCUUCUCUGCUAUGCAAGGGCUUCUCAAGUCUGCUAAGAUUUCUUCAAGGGUUUUUUUUUUUUUUUUAAAGUGUUUUUCUAAUCUGUACACAGUCAUUAUUCAUUAUUUAAGAACUGAUGGCAGACAAAUCAUUCUUUGAAUGAUUACACAAUGCUUGUGGGAACAUAUAGCAUUAUUUUGUAAUCUCACACAGUAAACCUGAUUUUGGAAGAAAUCCUUUGAGUCCAUGAUCUGUUUUUAUAAGAAUUUAGUUGAGCAUUCC